UAUUGUUUUUCUAUAACAAUACCCCAGUAAACACCGCCGAGAUGACGUAUUGAUACGCCACUGUGCUUGACAAAAUUGUGUGAAUGUCUCGAAAUUACAAAAUAAUGUUUAAAUAUGAACUUUGAAAUGAACAAAGUAUUACAAAGAGAUAAAUAUUAUAAUAUCGGACCCAAUACUUGGUGUGGAUCAGUAAAAAGUUAUCAGUAUCUUUUUGUUCGCUUCGAAAGCUGUCAUACCUACAGUGCGAGAUGGAAUCUCCUUUUGAUGUCGAACAGGGCCCUUUAAGUGAAGAGAACAAGGCAUUCGCGGCCAUAGAGCUAAGGGAAACUCCUGAAGUUGUAAAAGAAGCUAUUGCGGAAUUAAGGGAGUUGCUAAAAAAUGAUCCGACGAUUUACUUCCCAGACGACGAAGAGUUUUUGACGAUUUUUUUGAGGCCAUGUAAAUUCUACGCGAAGAGCGCCCUCGCGCUGAUGAAAAGGAUUGCGGACUUCAAAGAGCAGUACAAGCAUCAGUUGACCGAUCUAAUGCCAAGCGAUGAGCGAGAAGCGUUCACAAAGUACUCGGUUUGUAACAUUUUGAAGGACCGGGAUCACAAAGGGCGCCGCGUUCUGGUUGUCAACGUUGGAGGAUCGUGGGAUCCCUCGAAAGUAACCGCAGAUCAGCUAUUCAGAAUAUUCUAUUUAAUUCACGAGGCGGCUUUACUGGAACCAGAAACUCAAGUUAGAGGCGCGGUGGUAAUGAUGGAUUUCGAUGGUCUCGGUCAUAGACAAGCGUUGGCGUUCAAUCCAGCUUUUAGCAUGAAACUAUUGGGAUUUAUUCAAGAUGCUAUGCCUUUACGUCUCAAAGAAGUACAUAUUGUUAAGCAACCGUUCAUCUUCAAUAUCAUAUGGACCAUUUUUAAACCAUUUAUCAAGGAAAAGCUAAAAUCACGACUCUUCUUCCAUGGAUCCAAAAUGUCUUCGCUACAUAAGCAUAUGGCUCCAUCGCACCUACCCAAAAACUAUGGCGGCGAACUCCCUGAAAUCAAUUAUACUGGUGCAGAUUGGUAUCCGGUUAUUGAGAAACACAUCGAUCACGUAAAAAAGAUGAAUAGCUGCGGGUUAGUUAGGAAAUAAAGACAACCUAUUUUGUAUCCGAACGUAUAUUAAAUUUUGGGAUUGUGUUUAAAUUACUAAAAA